GGAAAUUUUCGUUCGAGAUGGUUGCUGAUGUUUUUUUUUUUAAUUUUCUGAAUUUUCUCAUUUUCUGUUUUUCCUUGUAUGUGCAGCACUGAGAAUCUAUCAACUGUCUAAAGAUGCUUACACCUGCUUUUGAGCUGACCCAGAGUGAAGAAUUCUUGAUAGUAUCUAUUCAGAUUCCCUAUGCAAAGGUAUCUGAUAUUCAAGUGCAUUUUGAAGAUUUUGAGUUUGUGUUUUAUUCGAAACCAUAUCAUCUCAGAUUAAAUUUACCUGGAAGAGUAUCCUGGUGUGAAACACCAAACAUAAAUUACAAUGAUGAUAAAAAAAUUGUUGUUGUUCAAGUUCCUAAAGCAAAGCGUGGAGAAAUAUUUGAAGGCUUGGAUUUAGUUACAAUGCUGUUGUCUACAAAAAAGAGUAAAACGGCUGCAACCCCAUUGAUAGAAGUAAUAGAUGGUACAAAUCUUAUUGAAGAUGAUGAUGAGUUUGAUUGGAGCAUUGAGCAAGUUCCUUCUGAUGUAAAUAUUGGAGAGUUUUCCUUGACAGGCCAACAAUGCGGAUUUGCCGAUUCUUACUCAUUUGUAGUAUUCACAUUGAAGGAAGAAUCUUCUGAAAUAUUUGAUGUCAAAGACCCUCAACAGAAGUCUAAGAAAAAUCGUACCAUUGAGAGGAAAGAUGCCGAAUUGAAACGUUUUGAUGAAGAACAUUACCUUGCUGACUUAUAUAACGAUGACGAAAUUCAGGAACUAAUGAGGUACCAUCCUGAAUGGGAUGACCUGUAUGACAAACUUCAGAAUGAUCCAUCCAAAAAUGCUGAUGAUUUGGUUACAUUCACAACAGAAGAGAAGGAAAGACUGCGGAAACUGCCUUCUAAGGAAUAUCUUCUUGAAAAAUCCCAAGCAAAAAUGGCUCUUCUUGGCUUAAUUGACAUAAUUUUUGCUUAUGCAUAUGAUAAAAGAACAACUUUUGAUGAAAGCACAGUUGAAUCAGCAUGGACAAUAAAUAAACUAAGUGCUACACUGUCAUGGUUAGAGACAUUUUCUUCAGUUCCAGAAGUGGCUGUUACUUGCAUUAGAAGAUCUCUCAUAUAUCCCUUAUUUCGCCAUUUUGAGUUAUCAUUGACUGUUUUGGAAGAUGUUCGAAAGAUUCUUUUAUUAGGUCGUAAAUAUAUUAUAAAGUGUCUUCUGGGAACUCAUCAGAUGUUUUGCGCAAGUGAUCCAAGAUAUAUUUUAAACGAUUUAUACAUUACGGAUUAUUGUGUAUGGUUACAAACUAAAAGUUGUUCUACACAGAGGUUGGUUCCGUUAGCUGAAGCUUUGGGAAAAGUUCUCUUGACAAAAGGUGAUAUAGGAUUAAAUUUGGUUGAUAUUGAAAGCUUUGCUGCUGUUGCCUGGAUGGCACAUAAUUCCACGACGAAGACAGCAGCGAACGGUGCAAAUAGCGAACAAGUUAAGUUGAUGUCUCACAGUUCUGAUACCCUGUGUGCAGAUCUUGAGAAGUUAUCACUAAAAAAUAAUUUAGCAAGAAAUGAUGAUGGAGCUUCUUCUGGUAGCAGCCUGAAUUCAAAUACAGUGCACAAUGAUUUCUAUCAAAGUUGUAGUUCUUGUACCUCAGAUUCCAGUGAUAGUAGCUCUAAUAGUACUUUUGAUACAGAUAGUUCAGAAGAUUCUAAUAGUGAUUAUACUGAUAGUGAUGAUUCAGGCAGUGAAACUGAUAGUGAUGAAUCCCACCAAAACUUACUACGAAAGGUAAAUGAAGAAAGAAUUCGUUGAACAUGAAAUUGAUAUUAUCAAAUUUUCUCUAGAGCUUGUAUGGUUCAUAUUCUUAUAGGAGCCACAGAGUUUAUUAUGAAGGAAGAAUUAGAAAGAAGUACAAAGACUUUAUCUAUUUUUAAUUAGAUUUUUUUUAAUUGAAAAGCUUUCUUUAAAAUGCUAGUUCAUACCAUUUAUAGUUCCUCGUCAGUAAAUUUAUUUAAAAAUUUAUGUAUACAUUUGCAUAGAGAAUUAAAAAAGAAAAUGUUUUAAUGGUAUGUGCAUUCUAUUUUAUAUUUUAAUAUCCAAGUGUUGUGAAUAUUAAUGCUUUCUCAAUACAAAAAAUUCAUUUUGAAUUCUUUAUUCAAUUUAUUAGGAUCUGAAAGUAUUUUGUACUUGUUGCAUUUACAUUCUUAAAGCUAUGUCUUUGUAAUUGAUGAAGGUUGUAAAAUUCUUUUGUGAUACAUCAUUACAGCAGCUUUUAUCUCAAAAAAAAAAAAAAAAAAAAAAUGCCCAAGAUAAAAAAAAAAGGAAGGUAGAUAGAAUUCCACUUUUGUGCAUUUAAAAAAGGAACUAUCCCAGUUUAUUUUUAAAAUUUGAUUUUGAAAUACAUUUAAACAUUUAAAUUUGUACGAAUUAUUCAGAUAUCAGAUAAUCAAGGUGUCAUACUAUCUUUCUACAGGUUGGUUCUUUUUAAAAAGUUUUAUUAUUAAAUAACAUAUGCAAAAUUUUACACCUUAAAAUGGAAUUAAUUUCCUUACUAUAUUCGUAUUAAAGGGAACAUUUUGAUACAAUUUUAAUAUGUUCUUGGUUUCUAAGUGGAAUUUGAUCAAAUACAUGAAGAUUGUUAUGUAUAUGUGCCUUAUGUAUUACCUCACAAUUUUUACCUCAGAUUGUUGUAAAAAUAAUGUUAUAUUUAUACAGAAGAAAAAUAAAGAUUAUAUGUUGGAUUAAAUUAUUGUUUUUAUUAGAACUUAUGUACAGUUUUAACUUUUUUUCUUAAUCU